AUGAGGUUCCUCCAUCUAGUGUUUGUGUCCUUUGCUGCGGCAACGCAUGCUUCGCCUCUGUACGGAAGGAACGGUUACGCCGAACCUUACUUCGGUCGCUUCGGUUUGAGUCCAGUUGUGCGUGCUAGGCCCGCUUUCGAUGGCCCUUCCUUCGCCCCGGUGAGGAACGAAGAACAGAUCAGUGCGAACGACAUCGAUGCCGACGACUCCUAUUCCUUCGAAUAUGGUGUCCAGGCCGAGGACGGCAGUCAUAGCCGCCAGGAAGCCAGAGACUCGGAAGGGACCGUCACAGGUCGCUACACGAUUACUCUAUCUGACGGACGUAUGAGAGUUGUGGAUUAUAUCGCCGACAAAGACGGAUUCAGAGCGAGGGUUGACACCAACGAGCCGGGAACCGACAAUCAAGCUCCCGCCGACGUCGAGUGGACUUCAUCUGCGCCCGGUGCCUCUCCGUCGAGACCCUCCUCCCAGAAACCCAAGCCGAAUACGCCUAACGGAAUCAAUCCUCGACCCACUGAAACCUUCGUAGUGCCUCCAAAUGUGAUCUCAGAGCCCGGGGCGCAAGACGGUUCGAUCACGUCCCGUCCUACGGUCGUCCCAACUGGGCCUUCUCGUCCAAUCCAAGUCAUCCAACCAGGUGUUCCCGCUACAGCCGACGAACCUCGGACUCCUCAUCACCCACCGAUCGGAUUUUUGCCCCCCGAACCUUUCUCCAGAAUCCACUUGGCUCCCCCCAGACCCAUAAACACGGCAUGGGGUCCAGCUAUCGCUCAAUACGACCCGCUCUUUUCAUCGCAAUGGCCAGUCGCGCACGCGCCCUUCAUACUGACGUCUUAUCCUAUCAAGAAGAAGAAGUGAUUCACUACGCAAAACGCGCCUCGCUAUUUUCAUCUCCUGCAAAUAUGUACAACCCUGUACAAUAUCUAUCCAUGCUACAUCCUAAUAAAUAAUGUCGAAGAUCAAGAGCGAUCCGA